AUGACUUUUGAAUCUAGAAGGAACCAAGAUGCCGAGCUCGAAUAUCAGCUUCUACUGGCCCGCAUAGACUUCGUGUGGGAAUCACCAUUAAAGAAUGCGCAAACACUUGUCAACUUUGCUCCUUCGAAGAAGAAAGUGUACAAGUACUUUAGCAGACUGAACCGAUCAAAAGGUCUUAGCUGUUCAAGGGCUGAACGACGGAAGAUGCACGAACUGUUCGGUGACUCACUUUGCUCUUGUGGAGGUGACAGGAAUGAAUUAUUGGAGCAUGCAGUGAAACACACAGCUGAUGUUCCAAUCUUGCAGUUCUGCAGAAUCAAUCUUAUGCGUUAA